AUCCUAAAUUGGGCAUAUUUUUCAUGUAAAAUUAUUGCUUCCAAAUCAAAAUUUCCUAUUCUUUUUAUUUUAAGAGUUCUGUAACCAUUUCCUACCCUUCCAAGUUCGAAACCCUCAAGCCCAUCCUGCUCCGGGCUAAAAACCAAACCAAAUCAAAACCAUUUCCUACUCUUCCAAGUUCACGUGCAAGUCAUGAGUUGGUAUGCCUUACUCACCUGAAUUUCUACUUCAACUCCUUCAAAAAUUCCUCUUCAGACACCCCAACCAGGUCAAACAAAUCCAUUCCCUCAUAAUCACCAACGGUCACUUCCUCCACACUCCAAAAACUCCACCAAAUUUGAAAUGGAUGAGCACCCUCCUCUACAACACUAUAAUCAGAGCCUACCUCAACCUUGGCAAACCUCACAACACCAUCCUCCUCUUCACUCAAAUGCUUGCCCAUCGAGCCCCGCCCAACAAUCACACCUUCCCUUCCCUCAUCAAAGCCUCCUCUUCUUCACCCUCUUUAGCUUCCAUCACAGGCAUACCCCUUCACACCCAAGCUCUCAAACGCGGCGUGUCGUCUGACCCUUUUGUACAGACAUCCUUCCUUAACUUGUAUGCUCAAUUGGGCAGUAUCUCUGAUGCACAUAAGGUGUUUGAAGAAAUAUCAGAGCCAUGUAUCGUAUCGUAUAAUGCAAUGCUUGACGCUUUUGGCAAAAAUGGAGACAUGGGGUCUGCUCUUUAUCUCUUUAAGAACAUGCCUGUCCGAGACGUUGUUUCAUGGACGAGUAUAAUUAAUGGGUACGGGAGGAAUGGGUACUUCCGGGAGGCAAUUCAGUUUUUUGAGAAAAUGAUGGCGCACGAGGAUCCCAAUGAAGCUACAUUUGUUAGUGUGCUUUCUUCUUGUGCUAAUUCGGAUGGAGGAGAGGCAUUGUAUCAAGGGAAGCAAAUACAUGGGUUCAUUAUCAAGAACGAGAUUGAAUUGACUAUUUUUAUGGGGACAGCAUUAAUAGCUUUAUAUGGGAAAACUGGUUGUUUAGGAUAUGCUAUGAAAGUUUUUAGGAAAAUGGAAGUCAAAGCAGUAUGCACUUGGAAUGCGAUGAUUUGUUCGCUUGCUUUGAAUGGUAUGGAGAAGCAAGCCUUGGACAUGUUUGAGAAGAUGAAGGUGGUAGGGUUGCACCCCAAUGAGGUCACGUUUGUGGCUGUUCUCACUGCUUGUGCUCGUGCCAAACUCGUGGAGUUGGGUUUGGAACUAUUUCGAAUGAUGUCAAGUGAUUUUGGUGUUGUUCCGAAGAUGGAGCAUUAUGGAUGUGUGGUUGAUCUCCUGGGAAGAGCGGGGCUUUUGAGGGAAGCAACUGAGUUUAUGAGAAGGAUGCCGUUUGAACCCGAUGCAUCUGUCCUUGGCGCUCUUUUGGGUGCUUGUAAGGUUCACGGAGCAAUUGAGUUGGCAAAUGAAGUGGGGAGAAGGCUGCUUGAAUUGCAGCCACAGCAUUGUGGCAGAUAUGUCCUGUUGUCAUCCAUUUAUGCUGGGUCAGAGAGAUGGGAGCGUGCUGCUGCCUUGAGAAAAACCAUGGUAGAGUCUGGAAUUCGAAAAAUUCCAGCAUAUAGUAUGAUUAGCUCAGUUUAAGGAUUUAUUGAAAGUUGCUGUGCAUACUUCUGAAUUACAAACUUGACCAAGGGAAAAAAAAUAAAUUCUAAUUUAUAUUAUCAUUUGUGUGAUCAAAGUAAAGUAACCCAACGUAUAAAAGGUCUAUAAUA